GGAAAAAAGAGGAUAUGACGUUCCCAUCACCAUCAACAGUGUUGGUGAUCAUCUUCACCAUCAUAGUAUCUCCCACCAUAGCCAUUGUUGUGGCUCAGAGCUUGAAGAGCUACAGGAAGAAGAGGAACCCUAUGUUCCCACCUGGACCCAUGGGGUGGCCCCUCGUUGGCUCCUUCUUCUCCUUCUACAAGCCUCGUCCCCUCUCCUCUCUUGGUGGCUUCAUGGAGCAGAACCUCUCAAGGUAUGGGAAGGUGUUCAGCAUGAACUUAUUCGGGGAGAUGAUGGUGGUGUCGGCGGAUGUAGAGCUGAACCGGUACGUGAUGCAAAACGAAAUGAGGUUGUUCAGAAACAACCUACCAGCGCAUAUUCAUAGGUUGAUCGGGGACUUCGCAUUAGUCAUGCUGAUAGGCGAUGUCUACCGGCACAAGAAGGCCAUCAUCGUCCCCUUCAUCAACAUGUUCCGCCAGCAGGCCGACUUCGUUCGCUACAUCGAGCACCUUGCUAAGGGCCUCAUGGCCUCCUCGAACAAGGGAGGGAUCAUUUACGUGAGAGAGUUCGCAACCAAGUUUUCAUUCUAUGUGGUAGCGAAAAAAGCCAUGGGAUUAACCCCAGAGGACCCAGAAGCUGAGCAAUUGCUGAGGGACUACGUGACAUUCUACAAGGGACUAUAUGCAGCUCCCAUUAAUUUUCCCGGAUCUAUGUACAGGAAGGCUUUAAAGGCUAGGCCUAACAUUAUUAAAGCUAUCAAAAAGAAGUUGGAUCAGAGGAAGGCUAAAGAAAGUGUUGAUGAGGAAGAUGAUGAUCUUCUUGGGAGUCUUAUGAAGGAGAGUACUUACACUUGGGAGAACAUUUGUGAUACCAUCCUGGGCUUCAUUUUCGGGGGUGUGGCCACAACCUCAACUGCAAUAUGCUUAGUCUUUUAUCUUCUUGAAAACUACCCUAAAGCUCUAGAAGAGAUGAGGAAAGAGCACUUGGAAUGCAUGAGAUCAAAGAAGGAGAAUGGUGAGGAGAAAUUGACAUGGGAUGACUACAAGAACAUGAGGUUCACACAAAAUGUGAUUAGCGAAACACUAAGGAUUGGAAAUGUUGCUCCGAAUCUGUGGAAGAAGGCUACGAAGGAUGUUGAGUUCAAAGGAUAUUUUAUUCCCGAGGGAACUACUGUGGUAGCCCAUCUUGCUGCUGUACAUUUGAACCCCUCUGUGUUUGAGAACCCAGGGCAAUUCAAUCCAUGGAGAUGGGUAAGUUCCACACUUCCACUCCAUCUUAUUUCUAUAUCAAUGAAAAUUUUUUGUUAUUGUAGGUAAAAACAUAUAGAACUG